AGCAAGCUAAGAAGUGUGGUCAUCUUGAACCUUGAAAUCAAUGUAAUGAAGAGGUCCAGGAAGUUAGUGAACGAACGAUAAAACAGUGGUCAACAUGGGUUAAUCCACACCACCAGCUACCGUUAAACUAUUUGGAGCAUCAUCAUCCCCAUCAUCAUCAUCAUCAUCUGAAGAAGAAGAAGAAGAAGAAGAAGAAGAAGAAUGUAUAUAUGAUGCUCUCCAGUCCGACGAUCUAGGUCUAGAACCUCAAUAACCGCAAGUGAAUAACUACCUGGUCCAUCCAAUCCAAUUUGUGCAGAUUUUCUUAGGACACUAUGGUUAGGUGACCUCAGAUCACCCUCACUUCAUUCCCCUCUCUGGCCGUCAUCUGACUGGUGGUUGCAAUGGCUUUGCAAAAUGGAUACUCCAUCGACUCCUCCCCCCUGGACGAGAGUGGAGAUACUACACCCCUACUUAAAAAAGAAGUGGUAGAUGUUGAUGAUUCAGUACCUCCACAAUGUUGCUCUGCACGCUGCAAUCUGGCCAUCAUGAUGUUCUUUGGAUUCUCCGUCGUCUACGGUCUCCGUGUCAAUCUAAGUGUUGCCAUGGUCGCCAUGGUCAAUGGGACCAAAAGCCAACCAUCUCUCAACAGCUCAGGUGGCCAUGAGUGCCCAGUUUCCUCCCACGGCAAUGGCAGCCAAACCCCAGACCAACCAGAUGGGAUACCUCUGUAUUUGUGGGAUUCUCUGACUCAGGGCCUGCUGCUGGGGGCGUUCUUCUUUGGCUACCUGGUGACGCAGAUCCCCGGGGGUUACCUGGCCGGACACUUUGGGGGGAGUAUCUUCCUGGGGGGAGGGGUGCUGGGCACCGCAGCCCUCAGCCUCCUCACCCCCCUGGCAGCGCAGCUAGGACCCUACUGGCUGUUUGGCUUACGGGCACUGGAGGGCUUUGGGGAGGGGGUGACGUUCCCGGCCAUGAUGGCCAUGUGGGCUCGCUGGGCUCCCCCUCUAGAGAGGUCUCGGCUUAUGACCCUUUCGGGGUCAGGGGCCAACUUUGGGGCCUUUGUAGCCCUGCCCCUCACUGGCUUCAUCUGUCACAGUCUGGGCUGGCCAGCUGUCUUCUACAUGUUUGGGGGUGCUGGUUGCAUUUGGGCAGUGUUCUGGUUCAUUCUGGUGUCGGACCAGCCUGGCACUCAUCCACGAAUCAGCACAAGAGAAAAAGAUUACAUCAUCAACUCCAUAGGAAAAGGGGGUGGUGCCCAUGGCUGGUCAGUGCCUUUGUUGCCCAUGAUGCUCUCUGUUCCCCUGUGGGCCAUCAUAGUGUCUCAGAUGUGUGCCAACUGGGGUAACUGCAUUCUGCUCACAUCACUACCCACCUACAUGGACACGGUGCUUCACUUUGACCUCCGACAGAAUGCCUUUCUCUCAGCUCUGCCCUAUCUGGGUGGCUGGGCCUUCUCGGUGAUAUCAGGUGUAGUAGCAGACAGCCUCCUGGAGAAGGAGCUGUUGAGUGUCACAGCGGUCCGCAAGAUCUUCACUAUCACAGGUCUGCUGCUGCCUGCAGCGUUCCUGGUUGCUGUGGGCUACUCCGGCUGCAGUGGUGUGUUGGCAGUGACCUUCCUCACCCUCUCUUCAACUGCAGGAGGCACCAGUGCAGCCGGGGUCUUCAUCAACCAGAUAGACAUUGCUCCACGGUAUGCGGGGGUGCUUUUAGGAAUCACCAACACUUUCGGGACUAUCCCAGGUGUGGUCGCUCCAAUCAUCACGGGUUACCUCACCAAAGAUCAAUCCCUGGCGGGAUGGAGGAGUGUGUUCUGUCUGUCGGCCGGGAUCAGCGCCGUAGGAGCUUUCAUCUUUACCUUGUUUGGGUCCGGGGAGGUCCAGAAAUGGGCCCUGGUAGAGGUGGAUCAGGAGCAGGCAGAAACAAAGAGAGACAGGUUCAUCCCUACAUGACAGAUAAGACCUAAAGCAGGGUUCCCCAACUGAUGGCCCACGGUGGUUUUAUUUUGCCCCCCAUGUUUUCUGAGCAAAAAAUGUAUAAAACAAUAUUAUUCUUUAUUUUUUAAAUUUUCAUUGUUGGACAUAAAAACACCAGGAAAUCAGCUCCGCGUCAUUUUAAUUUGGGAAUUCUGUUCCCAAGUAUUUCUGCACAUAAUAGAGAGGCAAGUGAUCAUAUACAAAUGUAAGCUUCGUUGGAAAUGAUUGUUUAAGUCUGUUUGGGCUCCUUGCGGUCAAUUUGCAGUCGACAAAUGAUUUAAAAUGAUGUUCCGGCCCCUUGACUAUCCGCUCAAUAAAAGAAAAUGUCCCUA